AUGAACUCUUCUUUCUUGAAUCUCUUCAUCUUCGCCGCUGUUAUCUUCCUCCGGGGUUUUAAAUCUGGUAUAACCAAAGACCCUUCGGGUAUGCUCACCUCAUGGAAGAAAGGUACCGAUUGCUGCCCUAGGGACGGUGUCAGCUGCCGUAACAGCAACCGUGUCGUCGUACUCACUCUCCGCAUAGAGUCCGACGACGCCGGAAUCUUUCUCUCCGGCACUAUCUCGCCGUCUCUUGCCAAACUCCAUACUUUUACCUCGAGAACAACCGGUCCUCUUCCGGCCAACAUCGGAGCCCUAAGCAACUUAGAUACGUUAACCGUUAAAGGAAACCGGUUCACCGGUCCGAUCCCGAGCUCGCUAUCCAAUUUAACUCGGUUAAAUUACCUCAAUCUUGGCGGUAAUCUCUUAACCGGAGCUAUACCGUUAGGGUUUGCUAAUCUCAAGCUCUUGUCGAAUUUAAAUCUCGACGACAACCGUCUCUCCGGAACCAUCCCGAACAUUUUUAAAUCCAUGACAAAGCUUCGUAUCCUCACUCUCUCUCGCAAUAGAUUCUCUGGGAAACUUCCUUCGUCGAUGGCAUCGCUCGCGCAGACUCUCGCCUUCCUAGAGCUAAGCCAGAACAAUCUCUCUGGUUCAAUUCCAAGCUAUUUAUCAAGAUUCAAUAAGCUCGACACGUUGGAUCUCUCCAAGAAUAGGUUUUCAGGAGCCGUGCCGAAGAGUUUAGCCAAGCUGACUAAAAUUGCUAAUAUUAAUCUCUCUCAUAAUCUCUUAACCGAUCCAUUCCCUGUUUUGAACGUGACGUAUGACGUUUUAACUCUAGAUUUGUCGUACAACAUAUUUCACAUGGAAACAAUCCCGGAAUGGGUGAAGUCAGCGUCCAUUCUUAACUCAUUGAAGCUGGCCAAAUGUGGAAUCAAGAUGAGCUUAGAUGAUUGGAAGCCGAGGCAAACUGACCUCUACGUUUCCAUUGAUCUUUCGGAAAAUGAGAUCUCAGGGAGUCCGGUAAGGUUCUUGGAGAAAGAACAGCAGCUGCGGGAGUUUUGGAUGUCCGGGAACAAACUCCGGUUCGAUAUUGGGAACCUGAAGUUAACCAAGACGCUUGAAACGUUGGAUUUGUCAAGGAACUUAGUAUUUGGGAAGGUGCCGGCGACUGUGGCCGGACUAAAGACGCUAAACUUGAGUCAAAACCAUCUUUGCGGAAAACUUCCGGUGACAAAUUUCUCAGCUAGAGCUUUCGCCGGGAACGAUUGUCUCUGCGGCUCUCCACUUUCUCCUUGUAAAGUUUAA